CAUUCCAAGCGAGGACUUCGAAACGUUGAUAUCUCUCUCUCUCUCUCUCUCUCUCAUCUCUGCCUCUCCUCUGCCCUGAUAUUUUCUGGGAACGGGGGGACCGAGAGGGACACCAAGUCAAGGCCUUUUCUUCGUUCCUCUCCGAUCAAUUUCAUACCCUCGAGAAGCUCGGAGGCGAACGAGAAGCUAGCGGAGAUGAGGGAGGUGAUUAGCAUCCACAUCGGGCAGGCCGGGAUUCAGGUCGGGAAUUCUUGCUGGGAGCUCUACUGCCUCGAGCAUGACAUCCAACCCGACGGCAGGAUGCCUAGUGACACCUCAGUUGGAGUUGCAAAUGAUGCGUUCAAUACUUUCUUUAGCGAGACUGGUUCUGGGAAGCAUGUUCCCAGGGCUAUAUUCGUAGAUCUUGAGCCCACUGUGAUUGAUGAAGUCCGGACCGGGACGUACAGACAGCUUUUCCACCCCGAGCAACUUAUCUCGGGCAAGGAAGACGCUGCCAACAACUUUGCUAGAGGACACUACACAGUGGGAAGGGAAAUUGUUGAUCUCUGCCUUGACCGAGUAAGGAAACUAGCUGACAAUUGUACCGGUUUGCAAGGGUUUCUGGUUUUUAGUGCCGUUGGUGGUGGGACCGGUUCCGGUUUAGGUUCCCUGCUACUGGAACGCUUAUCUGUAGAUUAUGGGAAGAAGUCGAAACUCGGGUUCACUAUCUAUCCUUCUCCUCAGGUUUCUACCGCCGUUGUGGAACCUUACAACAGUGUGCUUUCCACUCAUUCUCUCCUCGAGCACACUGAUGUGUCUGUUCUUCUUGAUAAUGAGGCCAUAUACGAUAUCUGCAGGCGAUCAUUAGACAUCGAGAGGCCAACUUACACCAACCUCAACCGCCUAAUAUCACAGAUCAUCUCUUCCCUGACCACCUCUCUGAGGUUUGAUGGUGCCAUCAACGUAGAUGUCACGGAGUUUCAGACCAAUCUCGUCCCAUAUCCUCGUAUCCACUUCAUGCUUUCCUCUUAUGCCCCUGUGAUCUCAGCUGCAAAGGCUUUCCAUGAGCAGCUGUCAAUUCCCGAAAUUACAAGCGCUGUGUUUGAGCCUUCGAGCAUGAUGGCCAAGUGUGACCCAAGGCAUGGGAAGUACAUGGCUUGUUGUUUGAUGUAUCGUGGAGAUGUGGUGCCAAAGGAUGUGAAUGCUGCCGUUGGAACUAUCAAGACGAAGCGUACGAUCCAAUUUGUUGAUUGGUGCCCGACUGGAUUUAAAUGCGGCAUCAACUACCAGCCCCCGACAGUGGUCCCGGGAGGAGACCUCGCGAAGGUGCAGCGUGCUGUAUGCAUGAUAAGCAACAACACAGCAGUGGCGGAAGUCUUCUCGAGGAUAGACCACAAGUUUGAUCUCAUGUACUCAAAGCGAGCUUUCGUCCACUGGUACGUGGGAGAAGGAAUGGAGGAAGGAGAGUUCUCGGAGGCCCGUGAAGAUCUCGCUGCCCUCGAAAAAGAUUACGAGGAAGUCGGGGCUGAUGGAGGUGAGGAAGAGGAAGAAGGGGAAGAGUACUGACACAUGCUGUCUCUCCCUCUCGGUGGCUGUGUUGUUGCUGUUGUUGUAUGAUGCUUUCGCUGUUCUCCUGAUUUCUGUUUUCCUUUGUGGAUGUUUCUUCUGUGCUUGACUGUGUUAUAAUCGGUAAGAAUGUUUUUGUUCAUUCCAAGUUACAACAAUUUGAUUUUAGUCUUGUCCCGAAUAUCAUUUCAUUGACUAUUCAUCUAUUAAUGCUGGUAUCGAGGGCUAUUUUAAGGA